AUGGGCAGUGUUGUCAUGCUUGUGGGGCAUAUUCACAACACUGACAUAUUUAUCAAUGGAGAGUCUAGCCAAAAUUGUAGUCAUUUGAAUUUUUUCUCAUCGGAUUCAACUAAUAGGUAUGAUCAAAUUCAAAAUGCAGUGAAUUAUUGUACACAAAUUGUAAAUAAUAAUGUUAUGGGUGAUGAACGAGUUGGUGAGUUGCACAAUGAUGAACCUUCCGAGCAUGAAUUAACAGACAGUGAUGAUAUGUAUGACGACGAUGAUGAUAAUGUGGAUAAUGCACCUAAUGCAUCCGUUGAAGAUCAAAGUAUUAAUUAUCAUUCUACAGCGAUUCCAUACUUAGAUCACACUGAAGAAAAUGCAGAAGAUUUUAUCUACACGAGAGAUGAUGGUUCCAUUCGAAAGGCACUUUGGAAUUCAAACAAUCCUAAACAUAUCCAGUCAGGUAUGUUAUUUAUGAAUAAGAUGCAAAUGAAAUCUGCAGUAAGAGCAUAUAGUCUUGCUAUUAAAAAGAAUUUCUUUGUGAUCAAUCCAAGAGAAAAAGUUGGAAAGUUAUUUGCAAACGUCAUGAGUUAG